AUUCUGCAAGGACCGAAACUGCAACCAUGGCUAUCGCAGAUUAUGGAUACUACAGAGCCACAAUAUUCCUGGCCAUGUUUGUGGGCUACACGCUGUAUUACUUUAACAGAAAGACUUUCUCCUUUGUGAUGCCUUCUGUAAUGCAAGAAAUUAAGCUGGAUAAGGAUGACCUGGGCAUGAUCACCAGCAGUCAGUCCUUGGCCUAUGCUAUCAGUAAGUUCAUCAGUGGCGUGCUUUCAGACCAGAUCAGCGCCCGGUGGCUGUUCUCCAUUGGUCUGUUUGUGGUGGGAGGCAUCAACGUGGUCUUCUCCUGGUCUUCGACUGUGGCCGUGUUCUCUGCUUUGUGGUUUAUUAACGGCCUCGGGCAGGGCCUGGGCUGGCCUCCAUGCGGCAGAGUGCUCCGUAAGUGGUUUGAGCCGUCUCAGUUCGGGACAUGGUGGGCAGUUCUCUCCUGCAGCAUGAACCUGGCCGGCAGCCUGGGCCCCAUCAUUGCCACGGUGCUGUCUCAGACGUACAGCUGGAGGACGAUAUUGUCCGUCUCCGGGAUGAUUUGCGUGGCCGUCUCUUUUGCGUGCCUGCUGGUGAUCAAGAACGAGCCCAAGGAUGUGGGGCUGCCUAACAUAGAGGCGAAGGCCAAGAAAGGCAAAGGAGGCACUUCCAGAGAUGACAGCACCCUCUCUGAGUUUCUGCUGUCGCCCUACCUGUGGCUGCUAUCUGUGUCCUACCUGGUGGUGUUUGGGGUGAAGACGGCCUGCACCGACUGGGGGCAGCUGUUCCUCAUCCAAGACAAGGGCCAAUCCACGCUGAUGGGUAGCUCAUACAUGAGCGCCCUGGAGGUUGGAGGCUUGCUGGGCAGCCUGGCAGCAGGUUAUAUCUCUGACAAGGCUGUCGCCAAACAAGGGAUGAGAAUCUACGGCCAUCCCCGUCACUUCAUCCUAAUCUGUAUGAUGGCUGGAAUGUUUGUGUCCAUGUACCUGUUCAGAGUCACAGUGGCUGCUGACAGCUCAAAGGUUUGGAUACUCAUCUUGGGCGCCGCUUUUGGCUUCUCCUCAUAUGGACCAAUAGCAUUGUUUGGAAUUUUAGCCAAUGAAAGUGCUCCUUCCAACUACUGUGGGACGUCACAUGCCAUAGUUGCCCUGAUGGCCAAUAUUGGCGGCUUCCUGUCUGGAUUGCCGUUCAGCACGAUUGCCAAGCACCAUGGCUGGGAAACGGGUUUCUGGGUAGCAGAGAUUACCUGCUUGGUCACCACUAUUGGAUACUUUCUGCUGCGCAACGUCCGAACCAAGAUGGGACCCGUGCCCAAGAAGGCAGACUAACAUGACACCUCAACUCCUCCAACCACAGAUGUCGCUGUGUUUUUCAGAUAUUUUUAUACUGCAGUACUUCUGGAAUCAGUCCUACAGGACAUUUAAAUAGAUUACAUUCAUAUAUAUAUUCUUGUUUUUUUACAUGUGCUUGUUGCUUCUUGCUAUGCAAUACUUAAGAUUGUUUUAACACCAGGUUAGCAAAUCUAAAUGCUGUUUCAUAUAAUGAAAUUUUCAAGUGGAUUCAUUUUCUAUUCAGACUAUAGCUGUACUCCAUAACAGGAUCCAAACUGUACAUUUGUUAAAAACUUGUGGCAAUGACCAAUCAUACAUGGAAAGUGCAAUAGCUACUAAAAGACCUUUGUAAGAA